AUGACCAUGGCACAACACGGCUUCCCGAUAAACGGGCAUGGCGGGAUUGACCCGAACGAACUAGCCAUGCCCGGGAAUUACUCUGCCUCGUUUCAACAACACCACUUCAAUCAUGGUUCAUCAGACAAUUACUCAACAAAUUCAGCGAUCUUUAGAGACGAUGAACUCUUGGAGGGACUAAACAGCCCAACAGACGCCCAGGCAGGCGUUCAGGAAUAUGGUGGGAUCAAUGAUAUGGGCGUUAGUUUCUCCCAUGGAGUUUACGGCUCCCACCACGGAUUGCCAAUCAACCAGCAGUCGAUGAAUGGCUACUCGAGCACACCAGAUGGCGAUCCCAUCCAGAGCCCUUUUGCCCACAACUUUGGCUACCGACAAAUGGGGCACGCUCAGUCCUUUGGUGCGCUGAAAUCCCCGCUAUCGUAUGCAGGGUCUCCUCUUGCGAACCCAGACGUCAACGAGAACAACGGCCAGAACUUUCUCAGUGCCCAGGCCCAGGCACAAGCACAGGCACAGGCUCGCAGCCGCCUAGCAGGAGCCAUGCAACGCAAGCCUUCGACCAACGCUAGAGUAUGUCCUCCUUCCCGGGCUCCGGUUUUUCCUCGCCACUUCAGCACGGGAUCCCCGGCAACCAGAUAA